AUGGCCAGUAGUCAAGCGAAUGGCGGAAUGAGAGCAUGCAAAGCUGGCGAGACUGAGCCAUGGCGGGCAGAGAAUGCUCCGUCGUCGGCAGAGCAAUCAUCGCAAUCGAAAAAGCAGCAGUCGAUCUCCAGCUUCUUCACCUCGACCGCCCCCCCGAAGCCCAAAGUCAGAGACCUCAGGCCGUCUCCCAUGACUCCUGCCGACCAUACGAAUGGCCUUUUCAUAAGCGAUGACGAGAAUCAAGCAAAUGAUCGACGUCAAGCUCCGACUACCUCCAAGCGAAAUAUUGACGAGAUCGACGAAGAAGACGUACAGCAGCCACACCCAAAGCGGCCGAAGAGCGACGAUAGGAGGACAGAUCUCAAUGGCCACGGAGAUCCAUCGGGAGAUGCUUCUGGCGAUCGUGGCAAAAAGCUGAAGGCUACUGAAAGAACAUCGAAAUAUGCAUUCGGCAGUUCCAGCGGUGCGGCGACUGAAGUCAACCGGGAUGAAGUGGACGACGAGGAGACUCGCAGGUUGAAAGAGCGACUGCACCAGAAGUUCGUCAAGAAGCUGGGAAGAGCCGACAGUAUAGCCGAUAUCAAGCGCAGAAAUGGCUUCAUCACCGAAGAGACACAAGCAGAAGAAGAAGGUGCGGAUGACGAGGAUGCCGAAGACGAAGAGCAUGACCCUGCGCCCAAAAAGGGCCGGAAAGCUCCCACAUCGCGCAAGGCCAAGCUUACGCCGCUCGAGCAACGUAUCGUAGAGCUCAAGCGGAAACAUUCCGACGCCUUGCUUGUCGUAGAGGUCGGCUACAAGUAUCGUCUCUUUGGUGAGGAUGCAAGAGUCGCUGCCAAAGUGCUGUCGGUGGUAUGCAUACCAGGCAAGUUUAGAUUCGACGAACAUCCGUCAGAAGCACACAUGACCAAAUUUGCAUCUGCCAGCUUUCCAACACAUCGCUUGCACGUUCAUGUGAAACGUCUAAUCAAUGCCGGUCACAAAGUUGGCAUCGUUCGCCAGCUCGAGACUGCCGCCCUGAAAGCAGCUGGAGCCAACAAGAGCAAGCUAUUCGAGCGUGACCUGACCAAUCUCUACACAAAAGCGACCUAUGUUGACGAUGAGGAAGGGCUAGGAGCACCAUCUGGAGCUGCUGGAGGUGCACCGGCUUCUGGAUACCUCCUUUGCCUGACUGAAAGUUAUCCAAAGGGUGUCGGCUCUGAUGAGAAGGUGCAGAUUGGUCUCAUUGCUGUGCAGCCGGCAACCGGAGACAUAAUUUACGACGACUUCGAAGACGGCUGGAUGAGGAGUGAGCUUGAGACGAGACUGCUGCACAUUUCUCCUGCUGAAUUCCUCGUCAUCGGAGAACUAUCGAAAGCGACAGAUAAGCUCGUCCACUAUCUCUCCGGUGGCGAUGAUGCUCGAUUAGAACGAAAGCCGAAACCCAAGACUAUGGCAGCAGAAUCGUACAGUCACAUUACCAAGUUCUAUGCCGACAAAAUGAAAACCGAUGGACCGAGCUCGUCGCAAGUAGAGUCAUCGCAAGGGAAAGGAACUCUCCUAGACAAAGUGCAUCGACUGUCCGAAAACGCCACAAUCUGCUUGUCAGCUAUGAUCACGCAUUUGACAGACUAUGGCCUGCAGCACGUCUUCGAUCUGACCAAGUGCUUCCAAUCUUUUAGCGCCAGAUCUCACAUGCUCCUCAAUGGCAACACUCUAUCAAGUCUGGAGAUCUACCGCAAUCAAACAGAUCAAGCAGAACGAGGUAGUCUAUUUUGGACGCUUGACCGGACGCAGACCAAGUUCGGUCGACGGCUGCUGCGAAAAUGGGUCGGCCGGCCAUUGCUCAAUCGCGCAAGACUAGACGAGCGCGUGGCAGCAGUCGAGGAGCUGAGAGAAGGCAUGGGUACUGCUGGUGUUGCCAGAAUCAGCCAACUCUUGAGCAAGACCAAGGCAGAUCUCGAGCGGACAUUGAUACGCAUCUACUACAAACGAUGUGCACGCCCGGAGCUUCUCGCCUUUCUGCAAAACCUUCAAGCUAUCGCGCAGGAGUACGUUCACGUCCAGACUGCAGCCGACGCAGGCUUUGAAUCUGCCAUGCUCAACGAAGCCAUCUCCUCACUCCCACGCAUUUCUGAUGAUGUUCUCGACUACCUCGGCCGCAUGAAUCUCGAAGCCGCCAAAAAGAACGACAAAUACAACUUCUUCCGCGACGAGCACGAGACUGAAGACAUCACCGACCACAAAGUCGGCAUCGUAGCAGUCGAACACGACCUCGACGAUUUCAAAACCACAGCCGCAAACAUUCUGAAACGGAAACAAGUCUCCUACGUCACAGUCGCAGAAAUCGACUACCUCAUCGAACUGGAAAACACCCAACUCAAUAACGUACCAGCAACAUGGACGAAAAUCAGUUCCACAAAGAAGCUCUCGCGUUUCCAUCCACCAGAAGUCGUCAAACUCCUCCGCGAACGAGAUCAACAUAAAGAAUCCCUCUCCAACGCCUGCGACACAGCCUUUCACUCCCUCUUAUCUGAAAUUGGAAUGAAAUACACGCAUUUCAGAGAAUGCAUCCAAUCCCUCGCGCUCCUCGACUGCCUCUUUUCCCUAGCCACAAUAUCCCAACAACCAGGCUACACCAAACCAACCUUCACCUCUUCCCCAGGAAUUCGCAUCGAAGCUGGCCGCCACCCAAUGAUCGAACAACUCCUCCUCGACUCCUUCGUCCCCAACUCCAUCUCCCUCUCCAGCUCCGCUACCCGCGCAUUACUAAUCACAGGUCCCAACAUGGGCGGCAAAUCCUCCUACGUCCGCAGCGUAGCCCUCAUCGCCAUUAUGGCACAAAUCGGUUCCUACGUCCCCGCCGUUUCCUGCGAAAUGGGUUUACUCGACGCUGUCUUCACACGCAUGGGUGCUCACGACAACAUGAUGAAAGGCGAAAGCACAUUUAUGGUAGAAGUCGGUGAAACAUCAGAUAUUCUGAAACAAGCCACGCCAAAAUCACUAGUGAUACUAGACGAACUAGGAAGAGGAACGAGCACACACGACGGCGUAGCGAUCGCGCAAUCCGUUCUUCAGCACGUGGUUGAGGAGAAAAAAUGUCUUACGCUUUUCAUCACUCACUACCAAACCCUCGCUCGUUUAGCCGACAGUUUUCCAAACCACGAGUUACGGAACGUUCACAUGAAAUUCACGGAACGCGAGGGUGCUGAGAUCACGUUUUUGUAUGAAGUGGGAGAAGGCGUGGCUCAUCGAUCUUAUGGUCUCAAUGUCGCUCGCCUCGCGGGACUUCCUAGGUCUUUGCUUGAGGAAGCGGGGCGGAAGAGUAAGGAGAUGGAAGAGGAGGAGAAGUCGAGGAAGUUGAGGUAUUUGGGGAAGGUGAUGGGGAGAAUUUUGGAGGGGGAGGAUGCCAGUGAGGUAUUGGAGAUUUUGGUGAAUGGGAUUGAGGAGUUGUGA